ACUAGGAAUGAAGCCACUGUAGCAGCAGAAGAGGAGGGCGGCGACGGAGGCGAUGGAGAGAACACCGGCCGCGUCUUGCCGCCUCUUAAAAGGCCGACCAGUCGGCCACGGACCGCCAAGCCCCCGAUCGUCUCAGUCGCUCGCUCCGACCGUCGGACGCCGCGGAGGAGGAUGGAGGACAUCGCCGCGGAGGAGGAGGAGGAGGAGGAGAGCAUGGCCGACCGCGCCCGCCUGCUAGACUCGGACUCGGAGCCGGAGCAGCCGGACCCCGUCGCCGCCCGGGCGACUAUCGCGCCGUACCUCGAGGACGUCGACAGCUACAUGCGGUCCCUCGAGGCGCUGAGGAGGCCGAGGGACUAUAUGCUGCCGGUGGAAAUCACACAGGGAGCUAUCACCCCUACCAAAAGGGCGAAGGUGGUGGACUGGCUCGUGGAAGUGGCUGGUGACUUCAAGCUUCUGGCUGACACGCUUCACCUUGCGGUUGCAUAUUUCGAUCGCUUCCUCUCAGUGGGUGUCGUUAUCCCCAGCGAGCUGCAGUUGCUGGGUGUGACUGCGUUGCUUGUUGCUGCGAAAUUUGAAAAUGAUAUGCAUAAGGUGGGGGAAUACAGUGACAUCACUGACAACACAUACACCAAACAGCAGGUGGUGAAGAUGGAGGCAGACAUACUGAAAUUGCUCAAGUUUGAGAUGGGGAGCCCCACUGCAAGAACUUUUCUACGGAGAUACAUAACUCUGUGCCGCCGAGGCGAUCGUGCAAAAGCAAAAACGCUGGAGUUUAUGUGUAGCUACCUUGCGGAAUUAAGCUUGCUGGACUAUAACUGCACAAUGUUCAAGCCAUCAGUUGUUGCUGCCGCCUGCCUUUUUCUGGCCAGGUUCACAAUCAGCCCAAAAAAACGUCCUUGGAACCGGACGCUGCAACGAAAAACGGGCUACAAGGUCUCUCAUCUAGACUGUUGCAUCUUGACGAUACAUGAGUUGCAGUUGAUUGGAGGGUACCCAGGCUUGGAGGAAGAAGCCAUAAAACUCAAGUAUAGUCAUUCCGAGCUUGAGAGUGUGUCAGCAAUGGCUUCACCACGAAAGAUCCCCGAGAAAUUCCUCAAGGACAUCAAACAGUGAAAGGUGGAAGUGCUGUCACAACAUUUUUUUGCAGGUGAUGGAGAUUUUGUAGUGUUAGUAGAAUGCAGGUUCGUGCAGACAUUAUUAGCGCAUCGCUUCCUGUCCACGACUGACCGUUGCAGAAUCAGUCUAGUAAAUAGUUUGUGACUGUUCCAGCUGCAUUUGAUAUUUUGAUGUGAUGUGUGACUGGAACGUGUUUGUACAAGAGAUAGAGCAUUUGGUAGCUCGAACUAGUCUGUACAGUAGAUGGAAGAUGGUGUCAUAGUCAACAAUAUUCAGUAUGAAGUUACAGUGCAAAUCAUAAUGUGUUUUG